AUGUCGCGUUCCCGGAGCGGAUGUUUGACGUGCAAACGACGCCAUCGUAAGUGCGACGAAACUCGACCGGAUUGUCUGCAAUGUCUCGGCCAGGGAAUUCAAUGCGAGGGCUACAAUGUCGUCUUACGCUGGGACACCGGCAUCGCUUCACGCGGGCGGCUCACGGGAGCGCCGACACCUGCGGACGCGCCACCUGCCAAACGACGAAGGACGGCACCGCCAUCGAGAAGCUCAUCGGGAGAGUCACCCGGCGAAAAGCUGUCGGAUGACAAGUUCGCAACUUCCCCAGGACGAGAACCAAGUCGAACGAAAGACGAGUUUCAACGGCUAAUGGCAUCGACUCUUUCGCCGAACCCCGAGCCGUCCGGUGCGCCUUCGAAGGUCUCGCAGCCGUCCCCGCAGUACUCCGAACCGUCUCAAGCCGGGUCCCCUUGGCCCGGUCAGACGGAACAGGACCGGAUUCUUUACGAACAGUCCAACCCCUCGUCGCUGUUUGAAGAAUACUAUCUCCGCGGGCUUCACCUGUUCCGCAAGCAGCUAGAGUCCUAUGAUGGUACCGUCAACGUGGGGGUAAUGUACGCGGGCCUUUUCAUUUGCACCCUUAAUCUUUUCCAAAGCGCACCAUGGUCCGUUCAUCUGGAGCUCAUGACCACUGUCUAUGGCCUGGGAGGUAGUCUGCACGGUUCUGCUAUUCUGGACAACCCAGACGCCUGUUUCCCGUUGGAACUUAUGGCAGUGAUGGAUAUGCCGACCUUUGUCCGAGGACGUUCCACCAUGACAUUAGGCAUCUGGCAUAGAUUACGCCAGGCCCAAGAGUCUCGUCACGAAAAGGUCGAAGGUGGGAUAGAGGUAAUCACUAGCCUCCCACGGUCACUCCUCGACAUUUUUUCUUCCAUCCAAGAUGAGUCUUCGGAGGAUGCACUGCUUUCAUGGCCAGGAGAGCUCGGAGAAAUACCACAGAUCCACUUGUGGGAAGCCUAUCGCUUCGCUGGAGCUCUCACUGGUCGGCGGUUGAGAAGGGGUCGAGGUCUCCCGCCGUCAGCUCCGUCAACGGAACUCCUGGUCGGUCGUCUUGUGGCAGCUAUCGAUGCCCUCUGUGACACACGGACGCGGCCCGAUUACGACCACCUGCUUACGACAAACUCGCUGCUCUAUCCGUAUGUUGCGGCACGGUUGGAGGUUGCCACCUUGCAACGGCGACCUUCCUGGAUGGAUGUGCUGCGCCGUGCUGUCGACAUUUGCCAACCUUACGGCAGAAGCGCGAAUGUGUGCAAUAUUGCAGAUAUGUUGGAUGAGGCGUGGAAAGCUGGUGAUGAUGAUUACGACAUCGACAAGCAUGCCAGGCGGAGGAACGUGGAGAUAGCUCUCUUUUGA